UCAGCCUGUGCAGCUUUGUGCGCAUGUCCUCGUGCUUGGAUGUGUAGCCGUCCAGCUCAUCAUCAUUACAUGGUUGAUGUCCAACUGGGAGACGCGAAUAUUUGCAGAAUAACAGCGUUCAGAGAUCGGAAAUAUCGACAAAUCAGGUGACAUCAUGAGCAAAGUGCAGGGAGGGAUGAAAUGUGUGAAAUAUCUGCUUUUCGUGUUCAACUUCAUCUUUUGGCUGUCGGGCCUGUUGGUGCUGGCUGUGGGACUUUGGCUCAGGUUUGACCCAGAAACAGUGGAGCUCCUGACGGGUGAUAGCGCCCCCGACACCUUCUUCAUAGCUGUGUACAUCCUUCUCGGUGCAGGAGGGCUGAUGAUGAUCGUCGGGUUUUUUGGUUGUUUUGGGGCUGUACGUGAGUCUCAGUGUCUUCUUGCAUCGUUCUUCGCUUGCCUUCUGAUAAUCUUUGGAGCAGAGGUUGCCGCUGGUGUGUUCGGAUUCAUGAACAAGGAACAGAUUGUUGAGGAAGUCCAAAAGUUUUACAGCAGCUCCUACAGCGCUGACAUCUCCAAUCCGAAUGGCACCGCAAUCGCAUUAAUUUACCACAAAACUCUGAACUGUUGUGGAGGUUCCGCAUCAGACACGUCUAACACACUUUGUGAUGCGGCCGACGCGAACACCCAGGACUGUCUCACUGCAAUAACAAACUUCUUCAAUGAAAAGCUGCAUAUUAUUGGAUACAUUGGGAUUGGGAUCGCAGGAGUAAUGAUCAUAGGAAUGAUCUUCAGUAUGGUUCUGUGUUGUGCCAUCAGGAACAACAGGGAGGUUAUAUAGAUGAGUGAUCUGGUGGGGGAGUUCACUGAAUAUCACAAAGAGAGAGUACAAUACAUCCCAGUUGUCUGCGGGUCAAAUUCCACACAAUACGCUGGAUCGUUAUCUUCACACCUUCUCCUCAACUCCACCAGCACUGAAAAUGUAUUUCUCUGUUCUUUUCCAUAACACAUGCUCUGCAUUUUGGCACAACUCUGUGACAUUCCUCAGUUUUAACAUAUUUUGGUUACACAGUGCUGCACUGUAGCUACAACACAGUGCAUGAAGCCUUCUUUGACACAGGAAUGUUAUGGCUGCUGUAAAUAUGGACAGCUAUUUUAUGCAUCUAAUCUUAACAUUAUCGUGCCCUUUUUACCCGUUUUAUGUAACCAAUACUACUUUGUGUGCUUAAAUAUUUUGAGGAAUAGCCUACCUUUACAUUUCCAUUAUGUGCCUAUUUAGUCACACAAAUAAGCCUCUAGCUAUCGCACUAUUUACCUAUGACCUGUUUAUCUUGUGAUUUGGAUAUGUACAUAGCUCCCUGCCAAGUAUUUCUACUUUAAAGCACAAUAGAGAAAGUGUAAUGAUGAUGUCACACCAAAGGGUUAGGGAAGGUCUGAUGAUAAACUGCCACUCUGUAAAUCUCCAAAUUCAUGUACAAGGUCAAGAACACGACAUCUUGAGCUCUUCUGGAGCAUGUGUUAACUGUAACCGUGAGAUAGUUUGCAUUUUGUGUGAAUUCUUUUGGAUGUAAAUUUUGUUGGUGUGCCAAUAAGAUGUGAAUUAUAGGAAUAAUAUAGUUUUUGCCAUACUGUUAACCGUAAUAAAAAUAUUGGGUGCUUUUA